AUGUCUGCAGAGCGCCUUCUAACAGGUGAGGGGACCUCUGGACAGGGCGGAGGACCACUGUCAGUUUGUGGACUCGCAUCGAGGACGGAAGAACUGACCCACCCAUCUGUUCAACACCCUACCUUCUGCACAAGGUGGGACCAGAAGGGACCCAGAGUGACGCCUCUCCUCUGUUGGUACAGUCAGAGUGACGCCUCUCUCUGUUGGAGCAGUCAGAGUGAUCGCCUUCUCUCUGUUUGUACAGACAGAGUGACGUUCCUCUCUGCUGCUUGGUACAGACAGAGUGACGCCACUCACUGUAGGUACCAUGACAGAGUGACGCCUCUCUUCAGGUGGGGGGGGAGCUCUCUGUUGGUACAGUCCGAGUGGACGGCCCACACUCUGUUGUACAGUCCAGAGUGA